GCCUAGAGGCUGGGAGCAGCAGUCCGGCGGUUCCGAGCGCGCCGUCGCUCUCGGGGCGGGGCGCCGCGCCCCUUCCGGGGAUGGGCCUGGGUGCCGUCCUGGGCCCGACUCUGCUGCGGCUCCUCCCCGCUCGGGCGGGCUCUCCGCCGCGUCCCCGCCCGUCAGCCCGCCCGGCCCGGCUGGCCUCACACUGGGCCUGGGCGGCCGCGCGAGAAACUGAGCCCACGGGCGUCGGGAAGCGGCGGCGCUGGCCCGCGGCGGCUGCCGGCUCCAGACCGGCCGGGACGGCAAGGCGGCGCCACCAUGUUUUCCCUCAAGCCGCCCCGACCCACCUUCAGGUCCUACCUCUUGCCGCCGGCCCAGACGGACGAUCAGAUUAAUUUCGAGCCGAAGAUUAAAAAAUUGGAGCCAGUCCUUUUGCCAGGAGAAAUUGUUGUAAAUGAAGUCAGUUUCGUGAGAAAAUGCAUUGCAACGGACACCAGUCAGUAUGAUUUGUGGGGAAAACUGAUAUGCAGUAACUUCAGAAUUUCCUUUAUUACGGAUGACCCAAUGCCAUUACAGAAAUUCCAUUUUAGAAACCUCCUUCUUGGUGAGCAUGAUGUCCCUUUAACGUGUAUUGAGCAAAUUGUCACAGUAAAUGACCACAAAAGGAAGCAAAAGGUUCUCGGCCCCAACCAGAAACUGAAAUUCAAUCCAACAGAGCUAAUUAUUUACUGUAAAGAUUUCAGAAUUGUCAGAUUUCGCUUUGAUGAAUCCGGUCCAGAAAGUGCCAAAAAGGUAUGCCUUGCAAUAGCUCAUUAUUCCCAGCCAACAGACCUCCAGCUACUCUUUGCAUUUGAAUAUGUUGGAAAAAAAUACCACAAUACAGCCAAUGGAAUUAAUGGCCUGCCCUCAGGAGGUGGAGGAGGAGGCAGCAGCAGUGCUGUAGGCGGUGGCCAGGGCCCUCAGACUCCACUGUUUGAAACGUACUCAGACUGGGACAGAGAAAUCAAAAGGACAGGUGCUUCCGGGUGGAGAGUUUGCUCUAUUAAUGAGGGCUACAUGAUAUCCACGUGCCUUCCAGAAUACUUUGUUGUGCCAAGUUCUUUAGCAGACCAAGAUCUGAAGAACUUUUCCCAUUCUUUUGUUGGAAGAAGGAUGCCACUAUGGUGCUGGAGCCAUGCCAAUGGCAGCGCUCUUGUGCGGAUGGCCCUCAUCAAGGACACUCUGCAGCAGAGGAAGAUCGACCAGAGGAUUUGCAAUGCAGUAACUAAAAGUCACCCUCAAAGAAGUGAUGUGUAUAAGUCAGAUUUGGAUAAGACCUUGCCCAAUAUCCAGGAUAUACAAGCGGCUUUUGUAAAACUUAAGCAAUUAUGCAUUAAUGAGCCUUUUGAAGAAACUGAAGAUAAAUGGUUAUCUUCAUUGGAAAAUACUCGGUGGUUAGAAUAUAUACGGACAUUCCUUAAACAUUCAGCAGAACUUGUGUAUGUUCUAGAAAGCAGGCGUCUUUCAGUUGUCUUACAAGAGGAGGAAGGAAGAGACUUAAGCUGUGUUAUCGCUUCUCUUGUCCAAGUGAUGGCGGAUCCCUAUUUCAGGACAAUUACUGGAUUUCAGAGUCUGAUACAGAAGGAGUGGGUCAUGGCAGGCUAUCAGUUCCUAGACAGAUGCAACCACUUGAAGAGAUCAGAGAAAGAGUCGCCCUUGUUUCUGCUGUUCUUGGAUGCCACAUGGCAGCUGUUAGAACAAUACCCGGCAGCGUUUGAGUUCUCUGAGACCUACCUGGCCGUGCUGUACGACAGCACCCGCAUCUCGCUCUUCGGCACCUUCCUCUUCAACUCUCCUCACCAGCGUGUGAAGCAGAGCACAGAGUUUGCUAUAAGCAAAAACAUACAACUGGGUGAUGAAAAGGGUUUAAAAUUCCCCUCAGCUUGGGACUGGUCGCUUCAGUUCACAGCGAAGGAUCGCACCCUGUUCCACAACCCCAUGUACAUUGGAAAGAGCACACCUUGUGUACAGAGCCAUUCUGUGAAGUCUUUCAAACGGACAAAGAAAAGCUACAGCUCCACGCUCAGAGGAAUGCCAGUUCCCUUCAAGAAUGGAAUCAUCAGUGACCAACAAUUACUUCCAAGGAGAAAUUCAUUAAUAUUAAAAAUAAGGCCAAAGCCUCCUCAGCCAGCCAAAAACCAGAACAGUGGAAUGGAGGAGUACUUCCAAGAAUGGUUUUCCAAGCCUGUUGACCUGCACGGUAUCCUUCUGCCACAUCUGUCAGCGACACACAUAAAACUGUGGAAACUGUGCUACUUCCGCUGGGUCCCCGAAGCCCAGAUCAACCUGGGGGGCUUCAUCACCGCCUUCCACAAACUCUCCCUGCUGGCCGAUGAGGUGGACAUGCUCAGUAGGACGCUGCGGCAGCCAAGGGCCAGUCCCGGGGGGCCCUGCUCUGCAGAGCGGGACCAGAGCAGGAUGUACUUCCAAGCCAGUGGCCCUCACCCGCACAGUACCUCAGGGACACCGGAGUUCCUCUCCUCCUCCUUCCCAUUUUCUCCUGUAGGCAAUCUCUGUAAGCGAAGCAUUUUAGGGACACCACUAAGCAAAUUUUUGAGUGGGCCCAAGAUAUGGUUAUCUACUGAGACACUAGCUAACGAGGACUAGCAGCACAUGUCCAGGGAAGCCACAGACUCUUCCUCUGAGCUAAAAUUGCUAACCUGGGUCUUCGAAGCCCUAGUGAUUUUAUACUAAGAACAACAGUUGGCAUUUGCACUAAUAUUUAAAAACAUGUUGAAUCAAUCAUACUUUUUUUUUUUUUAAAGAUAUGCCUAGAUCUUUUUAUGUUUGUUUUUAUGUCUACUUUGUCAUUUUAGGUCUGGCUCACUCUUAAUUGACUCAACAGGCAGCCGUCCCUGUCCCUCCUUCCUAGUAAGUAUAAUCAAAGGAACCAGAUGUAUCACACCAGUUUUGUCUGCGUCCAUUUUCCCUGCCACCUACUCAAGACUAACUAGAUUAGCAACCCAAAGGAACAGAUGUCAGAAAUGGAGUUUAUGUCCAAGAAGCAUCCAGUAAAGCCCCCCAACAGGCAGUAGGUGUUCCUGUGUUUUUCUAGUCACUUUCUGUCAUCUCUAUUUUGACUCACCAGGGGUUCCAAGGCCAUUACUUCUUUUGGAACACUUUUUUUUUUGGGGGGGGGGGGAGGGGAACUUGAGAUCACUGUGCUUUAAAAUUAGGAGCUGGCUUGUAGCUUCAUGGGGACUAACUUUAAAAUGAUAUAUGCACUGUUAAACUUUGAAUUUGCUAUAGAUAAUACAAUUAAACGUAAAAGUGCCUUUGACAUUAAGAGACAGAGAACACAGGAUGAAUAAUGAUUUGUUUUUACAGUUAUGGUGUUAAAUGCCAUGAAUCCCCAGAACCACAUUCCCAUCCCUCCCCAAAGCCACCACUGCCACAGGAAGUGGGUGUGUGUGUGUGAGUGCCAUCUGCCCCAAAGCCACUGCUGUCUCCCCUGGGAGCUGUCAUGGGCACUCUGGAGUAUAGCUGAUGAUGUCAUAAAGUCACAGGUGCCCUUUCUCCCUCAAAGUUCUGAAGUCUUGGGGAUAGAGAACGGAAAAAAUAAUCUCUCAAAUGCUGCCAUUUUAGUAAACAGUGUGAUAUGUCCUCACAUUGUGUGCCAAGCGCUUUGCUAAAACUGGGGGUGGGGUGGGGUGGGGGGUGUCAAAGCUUAAGCUUCUCAUGGCAGCGCCCACUAGGGCUAACCUUGACACUUAAAUAGCCAUUUGGCUAUUUAACACUGCCACAUUCAACUUUAAAAAAGUAUUUUACAUUAAGGCGUCUUGUGUAGCUUACGUCCUUCUCUGAAACAGGCUUCUUAAGAAGUGUUGUACCUUUAUAUGUACUUAGUAGCUGUUUGUAUUUGAAAAAUUUGCCUUUUGUAAAAUUGUCUUCAUGUUGCUUCUGGAUUUAGAGGGACAGAAGUUCCUGCACAGUGUCUUAAGAAAACCCUCUUGUGCAUAAACCCAAAGUUUCUGCCAACUUAUUGCCUAGGAAUUAAGGGCUUUUCCCAGUUUCUGAAAUAAGCAUUACUGCCACUGAACCUUUUAUAGUUCUUGAUUGCAAGCCAGGCCCAGUCAGUCCUCUUAAAAUACCACAGCAUAUUCUGCUGUUUAAGCAUAAUAAUUUUUCCCCCACUAAACUUUUUUUUUUUUAAGGUUACAAGUUGUUUCACAUUUGUCACUCUUUUUUUAGACUGAUAAUUUAUCUUUCCAUGAUAUUUUUUCCCCUCACAUUUUAAUGUUUUUAGUAACUACUGGGUUGUUGAAAAAGUCAUGACGUAUUUUUCUGCAUAAAAAUGUCCCAUGACUUUUCAGACAACCUGAUAUUUUGCUGAUUUCCAAGUUUAAAAGAAGAUUAGGUACUAUUAGUACUGUUUUAAUAGGAAAUGUGCAUAUUUUUGUAUGAUAAUCAAAUGUAGUAAAAUAGCUUUUUAAAAUUUUGGCUGGAGAGUGGUUGUGUCAUGAUUAUUAUGCCACAGUUUAUUGUGCAUAAUAUGAAAAGCAACUAGAACAGCCUGGCCUCUGCCAGCAAAACGGAUGUGGUGACAGGAGCCCUGAGUGUGACCCCCAAGGCCCUGCACAGAUCUGUCCCAGUGGGUGCCCGGCAGACAGGAUGGCUCUGGAUUUGCUAGCAGCAAAAUGAAAGAUGUACAAUGUCUAACUUUAUUGUAUGAUGUGGAAGUCAACUUUAAAACCAAAAAUCUAACUUUAUUUAAGAAAAGUAUAUUAACUUGUGCUAACAAAGACUGUAAAACUGUUCUUUUUUUCUUUUUUCAACAAAACCUGCUUGCUCUGGCAGUAACCUCAAGUAGUUCAGACCUGAUUUUGAGAGAAAACAGAAACCUUUUGUGCCUAAAAUGAUGACUCAAGUUAUAUAGCAGGACGGGGAGGAAGAUGUCAGAUCUUGUUCAAAAGUAAUGAAUGUGAAGGGAAUUUUGACUGCUAAAUAAAAUUUUCACAGAAA